AUUGCAGUCCCAAACUGCAGUCUUUGCUCUCGUCUCCACAACCUUUCAUCCAUCUCUUUCUCUUUUUCUUUGCCUUGUCUUCUCCUUGACUGCACUCCCAUGAGACCAGAGGGAAACCCAUUAGACCUCAACAACUUGCCGGAGGAAUACGGUAAGCAGGCUUUGGAGGAGAGCUCGACGACAACUGCUGCAUCCACCGACACUGCUAGGUUUAAGAAAAAGAAGAGCGGAGGAAAAGAUGACAGCGCAAAGGUCUACGAGUGCCGGUUUUGCUCCCUAAAGUUCUGCAAGUCUCAAGCCUUGGGUGGUCACAUGAACCGGCAUCGCCAAGAAAGGGAGACGGAGACUCUUAACCGUGCUCGUCAGCUCGUUUUCAGCAACGAAGGUCUGGCAGGAGCCAGCGCUCAUAUGGGCAGCUUGAGAGAUCUGAAUCUGGGGAGCACACAACCUAUCCCUCCAGUAGGAGGAUUCCAGCAUAGAGGUGGCAGCAUCGGAGACCCGUGUCUUCAAUACCGGCCUGUGUAUCCGAGGCUACCAACACAACCACCACACACCCCACCAUCUCUGCAACCAUAUGUUUACCCUACCUCUUCCUCACACCCCAUACCUUAUCCACCAUCCUACCCUCUUUCCCAUCCUUCUGUUGGUGAUUACUUCAUAGGCCAUGUCCUCGACAGUAGCUCCCAGCGCCAACCACAUCACCCCAGUUAUGGAGCCGAUUCGAGCUACACUUGCUUUGGAACCCCUCUUGCUCGCGGCUUCCCCAUGGAAGGGGUACAAGCGCCUAUGACUAGAGACAGUGCUGGCAACCAAGCAGAUGGGAUGAAUUGGAGUUGUAGCUAUGGACAUGACCAGCACAUGGAUUCCUCCUCUACCAUGGAUCGAUUUCGGGAUAACUUCUAAGGUUAAGGGACAGCAACCACUUGCUCGUUGUGAAUGAAACAGAAACAAGGAAUUGGCCAUCCAAGUGAGUUAUUGGAACAAAAUUAACCUUUAUUAUUUUUCUUCUUGCAUGUUUUUUCCAUCACCGCUUUGGGUUUGAGAGUGAAGUGAAAGAGAAAUGGAUAUCAACUGUAAAGUGUUCCAUUAUUCAGCCUCUUUCUCUCUCCCUCCCACCCCUCCCGAAUUCGGCACCUUAAAACCCAAGGCAGUUCUUGGUUGAAGCCUUGUUGGGACAAUAGGAGAAAAAGGCCUAGAGAAUGAAGGCGGCAAGGGUUUCAACCCAACUUCCGUAAUGUUUUUAGUUUCUCGAGCAUGAGUUGUCAAAGCUAAUGUUUCUAGAGCUCUGGAUGAUACCAAACACUUUAAUCAGUGAGUCUGAGACCGUAUAAAACCUUUCGAAUUACGUGUUAUGGCCAAGCCACCCAGCUAAACCUGUAGCCUGACCAGUCUAUGUUCACUUUUAUCCUUACUUUGGAGCACAAACCACAACAAAGAAACAAAACAAAUCGAAACGAAAAAGAAUAAAUAUAUAUGUAAUACCGUAGCCCAGGCUCACCAUCUUCUUGUUAUGCUUCCUUUCUGUGUUCUAUGAUUGGGAUGCAUGUGGCCACAAGAAGGCUCCAAUCUACCUUUCGAGUAAUUGUGGAUUGAACCGUUCCUGAAUGGUAGUAGAAACUGAGUUGGACUGAAGGCUCCGUAGCUGCAUUGGUGGGGCAGGUGGUGGGUUAAGAUGCCAUGAGUACAUCAGAGCUCCGGUAUGGUCAGAUUCCGUUGAGUGGUAAUCAAGAAAAGUUGGUAAGAAAGUCCUUCGAGAAAAAAGUAGUAGUUUUUUUUGUUCCGUGGUGGGGGGUUGGUGGGGGUGGUGUUGAUGAUCUUAAGUAGUGGAGAUAUAUCAAUCUUCCGGACAAAUCCAACUCAGUAUCAGUUGUGAUAACCAAUUUAAAUGGUUCGCAAGAUGCCUGAAUCCUAAGCAUAAAUAGAUAGACAGACAGAUAUAUAUAUAGAGAGAGAGAGAGAGAGAGAUUCCAAAAUUAGCAGUUACUACAUGCAUGAAUCUGAUGUGUUGAAGUUAUGAAUCUAUAUUUAGACUUGAGCCAAGUUGAAACAUCUUGGGAGGUGGCAAAACUUCAAAUGUAAAUGGGUUAUGGGUUAAAAACCUCGAGUUUGGCGAAUACUGCCCUACCAAAUUUGGUCCUCUGGUUCUUCCUCUUGGUCAUGUUUUUGGUAUUUGUGAUUUGUGAUGACCAGCUUUCAGUUAAUAAACUGUCUCUCUACAUAGUAAAGCUGGCUUUUUUUCAACGAGAAAAAGAUAAAAUUGGUUUAACUAAUCUUGGCUCAAC